CACGAAUUCACGAUCAAGAAGAAAGAACUAGCUAGUGGCCACUGAUCAGUGAUCACCGAUGGAAAAUAAAAAAUUUAAGACGCUAAUAUCCGCCUACGUUUCCUUCAUCAUAUUCCUUUUGUUCCCAUCAUCGCCGUGCGCCGACGACCUCGACGCGCUACUGAAGCUCAAGAAGGCCAUGAAUAUUACCGGGUGGGAGCCCUCCGCCCAGCACUACUGCUCCUUUUCUGGAGUUUCAUGCGACCAGCGAUUACGAGUGGUUGCUCUUAACGUCUCAAAUAUGCCGCCCGUGCGGGAUCGAGGCUCGAUUCCAGCAGAGAUCGGGCUUCUAAACAAACUUGUGAACCUCAGCCUCGCCAAAUACAACCUCUCGGGGAGGCUUCCCACGGAGAUGGCCAACCUGACGGCGUUAAAGCAUUUGAACAUCUCAAACAACUUCUUCAGCGGCAUGUUCCCCGGAGAAAUCACGCUCGGGAUGACGGAGCUUGAGGUCCUUGACGCCUACAAUAACGACUUCACGGGACAGCUGCCGCUGGAGCUCGCCGCCGGCUGUAAAAAGCUCAAACAUCUUCAUCUGGGAGGCAACUACUUCACUGGAAACAUUCCCGAAAGUUAUUCUAAUAUCCGGAGCUUGGAGUACUUAGGCCUCAACGGAAAUUUGCUCAGCGGAAAGCUCCCCGCCAGCUUGGCACAGAUAAAGAACCUCAAGGAAUUGUACCUAGGGUACUAUAACAAUUAUGAUGGCGGGAUUCCACCGGAGUUUGGAUCGCUGCCGUUGCUGAAAGUGCUCGACAUGAGCAGCUGUAACCUCAUUGGCAAGAUUCCCACAAGUCUGAGCCUUUUGAAGAAUUUGCACUCGUUGUUUUUACAAGUAAAUCGGCUCAGUGGUUUUAUACCACCGGAGCUUUCGAGCAUGGCGAACCUCGUGACCUUGGAUCUCUCCAUAAACGAACUCACUGGAAAAAUACCCGAAAGUUUCUCAGAGCUGAAGAGCAUUAGGUUAAUAAAUCUGUACAAGAACGACCUUUACGGUCCCAUACCCAAGUUCAUCGGCGAUCUUCCUUAUCUGGAGAUUCUUCAGCUGUGGGAGAACAACUUUACAUACGAACUACCCGAAAGUCUUGGCCAGAACGGCAGGCUUACGGAUUUGGAUGUCACCGGCAACCACCUGACCGGGUUGAUUCCUCAGAAUCUGUGCUUAGGCGGGAGGCUGAGGACGCUGAUUCUGAUGGAUAACAACUUCUUUGGGCCCAUUCCGUUGGAGCUCGGCCAAUGCAAGUCUCUUGUCAAAAUCAGAAUGAUGAAAAACAGAAUCAGCGGGACUAUUCCUGUUGGGAUCUUCAACUUGCCCAGCUUGGGUAUGAUUGAGAUGAAUGAUAACUGCCUGUCCGGUCAACUUCCAACACAAAUGACAGCGGGCACACUCGCAAUCCUCUCGCUUUCUGCGAAUCAGAUUUCGGGGAGGAUCCCACCCGCAAUUGGAAACCUCAACAACUUAACAACUCUCUCGCUGGAGAUGAACCGAUUUUCUGGGAAAAUACCAGACGAAAUCUUUAACUUGAUAGUGUUAUCAAAAAUCAACAUCAGCGUCAACAAGCUCGGUGGCGAAAUUCCAGCUUCUGUUUCUAAGUGUUCGUCUCUAGGGUCCCUUGAUUUGAGUCGAAACAAUUUGGUCGGCGAAAUCCCAAGAGGGAUAGAGAAGCUGAAACUAGUUUAUCUUCUGAAUAUGUCUCGGAACCAACUCACUGGCCAAAUACCUGACGGAAUACCCGCCAUGGAAACCCUUACAACUUUGGAUCUCUCUUAUAACAAUUUCACCGGUAGAAUCCCAACCGGUGAUCAUUUUCUGGACAUCGCGUCGUUUCGUGGGAACCCCUAUCUCUGUACCAACGUCUCACGCCCGUGUUCCUUCAUUAACAUGAAAUCUCAAGACCACAAUGUGUUUGGUUCCUCCAGGCUCGGUCUUAUGAUCAUCGCUGGACUACCUGCGGUUCUCGGUUCCCUACUUAUCGUGCUUCUAGUAUUCCUACUGAUAAAGAUUUGUACAGGAAGAAGUAUUCAAAAAUCUAGUGGUUGGAGGCUCACAUUGUUCCAGCAGCUCGACCUCAAAGUCGAGGACUUGCUACAGUGCAUAAAGCAAGAGAAUAUAAUAGGCAAAGGCGGUGCUGGGAUUGUCUACCGGGGAACCAUGCCAAGCGGCCUUGACAUAGCAAUCAAACAGCUAGUAGGAUCAUCAAGUAAUAGAGGGCAAAUGGAUCAUGGAUUUGCAGCGGAGAUUAAGACGCUGGGGCGAAUCAAACACCGAAACAUAGUGAGGCUUUUGGGAUACAUGUCGAACAAUAAGGACUCUAAUUUGUUGUUGUACGAGUACAUGCCUAAUGGUAGCUUGGGAAAAAUAUUGCAUGGGGAAAAUGGAGGGGAGUUUCAGUGGGAGAGGAGGUAUAAAAUUGCAGUGGAGGCUGCAAAGGGAUUGUGUUAUCUGCACCAUGACUGUUCACCCCUGAUUAUACACAGAGAUGUCAAGUCCCAUAACAUCUUGUUGGAUUCAAACUUUGAGGCUCAUGUUGCUGAUUUUGGGCUCGCCAAGUACUUCCAUGGAGUUGCAGCUGAUUGCAUGUCUUCAGUUGCUGGUUCCUUCGGUUACAUCGCCCCAGAGUACGGUUAUACACUAAAAGUGGAUGAGAAAAUAGACGUGUACAGUUUUGGUGUGGUUUUGCUGGAGCUAAUAACAGGGAGGAAAGCAGUGAUGAACUAUGAAGACGCUAUAAGCUUAGUGGGUUGGGUGAGGAAAACUACCAAGUCGUUGUCCAGUUCAUCAUCGGUUCUAGCAGUGGUGGAUCCAAAUCUCGCCGGAUACCCCUUGGCGGCUGUCAUACAUUUGUUCAAACUGGCAAUGCUGUGUGUCGACAACGACAGCUCUGCAAGACCUACGAUGAGGGAAGUAGUUCACCUGAUCAGUAAUCCUCCUACAUAGUCUUCUCCAAGCAUAGUCAAUCUUAAUUUUGAUGUUAAACUGGAGGUGUUAAAGGUAAAAAGGCUACCAAUAGAAUAUCAGCGUGUUAAAUUGGAGUUGUUCAAGGUAAAAUUUCGAAAUUUGUACCACUGUUGUAUCAGUCUCCACAAUACAAACUUUUAUUAAAAAAAUAUAAUCCAAUGGAAUUCAGAUAUUUCUUUUGAAAAUUUUAAUUUCUUUUAUUUUUGGUCCAAAAUGAAUAUUAUUCAUUCUCUUCACACAUUUGAAGCACAAAAUUAUAAUUUUCCCAGUUUGUUCUGAUGGAAGUUUGAUUGUAACAUCGGCGAGUGAAUCCACA